AUGGAUGAGGGAAAAGGCGAGACGGUUCUACUAAAGCCAUCAAAUAGUGGUGUGGUCGCAAUUUAUUGGUUCUUCAAUAAAACCAUGGUGUUCUUAAACUACUUGCUAGACAGUAAAGAUUUGGACGCGCCGCUAUUUGUGACAUUUACCAGUGCCUUGGACUGUCGGACGUUGCUAUUGCAUGCACUUGCUAUCCCACUAUGUCGGUGUCAUCGACUUCCCCUCCGUAAGUUCGACCUAAAGUAUGCCGGAGUUCUACCCCUGUCCAUCCUGUUCAUUGGAAUGAUAACCUUCAAACACUUGUGCCUGAAAACAUGUAGGGGUGGCUUCUACACUGUCGGCAGGUCACUAGCACGGUCUUCAACGGUCCUACUCUCCUACCUCAUCCUCAAGCAAACACUUUCCUUCUACGCCAUCCUGUGUUGUGGAAUUAUUCUAGGUGGAUUCUGGUUGGGUGGACCAGGAAGGUGUGCGGGCUCCCUGUCGUGGACGGGUGUGUUUUGUGUGCUGGCCACGCCCUGCGUCUCCCUCAACGCCAUCUUCACCAAGGGUCAUGCGCGCGGUAGACGAAACAUCUGGAAGCGCUCCUUCUACAACAACAUCAACGCCUGCAUCCUCUUCCUCCCCCUAUCCUCGUCUUUGGUGAGGUCGGCCACCCUCGUCCAUUUCAGCCGCCUGGGUGACCCCACGUUCUGGGGCAUGAUGACGUGGGCGCGCGGCGUGUUUGGUUUCGCCAUCGGCUACGUGACGGGCCUCCAAAUCAAGUUCACGAGUCCGCUGACGCACAACGUGUCGGGGACGGCCAAGGCCUGCGCUCAGACGGUCAUCGCUGUGGUCUAUAACCAGUCCAGUAAAAGUUUCCUGUGGUGGACUAGUAACCUGAUGGUGCUUGGUGGGUCUUCUGCCUACACCUGGGUCAAAGGCAUGGAGAUGAAGAAGGUCAAUAUUCCCCAGGAGGAGUGCAGAGAGAAACUGCUAGGGGAGAAGAGUGAUGCCGGGGUAUAGUGGGACUAGGAUGACCUUCCACCAUGGUGGUGAACCGAGGGUAUAGUGGGACUAGGAUGACCUU